AUAAUUGUUGAUAUUAUACUCUGUAGCUACCAUCCUAGUGAGAUAGCUCAUGGGAGAAACAUAACCUUUCGGUCAUUAUUAUUCUUUAAAGAUUUUAAUAUAAAUGUAAAUGUACAAUGGCUGAAACAGUACUUAAUCAUGUUAUUUCGACGAUUGAUAAUAACACUAAGAAACCAGAGGAAUUUUUAAGCGUACAAAAUCAUGUAGCGCUGGAGUUCAAGAAUUCUAUAAAACGUUUAUACGACUUCACAAAAGAACAGUCUGAAAGAAACACAAAUGCCCUGCCAGAGCUUGUAACAGAAGGCUUCGACGAAGAGCAGAUCUGGCAGCAGCUCGAAUUGCAAAAUGAAAGCGAGCUUAUACACUUCUUAACUGAUGUCUCAAAGGUUUUAGCUGGAAGUAAGAAGUUGACGAUGCCGAUUAGCACAAGUAAACCUGAAAUUGUACAUAGCAGUGACAAGAAUGUAGAGAUGGAAGAAGAGAAUAUUUCUGAGGAAGAAGUUUCGGAAGACGAGGAAGCAAAGUUGAAAAGAGAAUCAAAGAAACAGAAGAAACUCAUGAAAAAGUUAAAAACCAAAACAUCCGUUGUAGAUGACAAAUUUUUUAAAUUACAAGAAUUGGACGAGUAUCUGACGAAGGAGGACAAGAAAGAAAUACAGAGUGAAAAACAUGACCAAGGAUCCGAUGAUGAAUCUGUAGAUCUAUUUAACGAUUUUUCCGAUGACGAUGAUAACACUGGAGAAGAGAAACUAGUAAAAUAUGCAGAUUUCUUCGACAGUCCGCAAAGCGACGACGAAGGAGCUAAUUUUUCUAUGAAAAACAAAGAUACCGAUAAUAAAGAAACGGACGAUAAACUACUACGCAAUAGCGAUUCGGAAAAUAGGAUGGACACGGACAACGAAGAUGAAGAUUGCAGUUUUUCAAAAAAGAAAGUUACAUUCAAUCUUACGAACGAUUCGGAUGAAACUGAUAGCUUAGAAAAUAAAACUACGAAUACGAAAGAUAACGAGGAAGAAAUCAAGUCCUCCCUCGAAACUCGCCAAGAACGAUUACAAAGAAGGAUUCAAGAGCUAGAAAAGGAAGCACUAGCAGAGAAACCAUGGCAACUGAAGGGCGAAGUAAGCGCCGGAAGUAGACCACAGAAUUCCUUGUUGGAAGAAUUCGUUGAAUUCGAUAUUACCAGUAGACCUGCUCCCGUCAUUACUGAGCAAACUACGUUCAAAUUAGAGGAUAUAAUAAAGCAAAGAAUAAAGGACAAAGCCUGGGACGACGUUGAAAAGAAAUUCAAACCAGUGGAGACUCCGUUAGAGUACAAAAAGAAGCUGAUCUUAGAUCAGGAGAAGAGCAAACAAAGCUUGUCUCAAAUUUACGAGAACGAAUACCUGAAGCAGAAGCAAGCAUUAAAUCCGGAGAAUGAUGAAAAGGAAGAAGAGGAACCCAAAUUGCAUAAAGAAAUUCGGGAAAUGAUGCAUUCUGUGUUCUCGAAACUGGAUGCAUUCUCUAACUUCCAUUACACUCCGAAACCGUCUAAGCCGGAGAUCAAGAUUAUUAGCAACAUUCCUGCUGUUAACAUGGAAGAGGUGGCUCCAGUAGGAACCAGCGAUGCUGCAUUGUUAGCACCUGAAGAGAUUAAAGCCAAACAGCGGGGUGAUCUCAUUGGUAAAGUGGAAAGAACGAAAACGGACAUGAAGCGGGAACGAAGACACAAAAAGUUGAGACAACGCGCGCGACAAGAAGCCUUGGAGAAGAAGGAGAAGUUGAUUGCAACGAAGCCAGGAAUCGGAAAGAAAUACAAGAAAGACGCAGAAUUGGCGAAGAAGCUAAGCAAGAGUCGAAACAUCAUAAAAAUGGAUGAAACCGCUCAGAAGGUUCCGAAAUCGUCUACUGCGUUCUUCAACCAAUUGCAAGACCAAGUGAAGAGCCAUAUUAAAUCGAAGACUGGCGCAGACACUAAAAAGAAACAGAAAAAUGCUGUGUCUGCGGUCAAAUUAAAGUUGUAAUGUUUUGUAUAAAAUAUUUUAAAUACAAGUUAUUAUGUUGUA